AUGUUGUUUAAAUUAUUAAUAUUUGCACUUACCGCUUCAAAAAUUAAUAGUGCUAGAAUUUUGUGUGUUAUGCCGCUACCAUUUUAUAGUCAUCAAACAACAUUUCAACCCAUAUGGAAAGAACUCUCCCUAAGAGGCCAUAACGUGACUACGAUCGUAACGGAUGGAAUCAACGAUGAAACUUUAACCAACCUAACAGAAAUCGUCGUCAAAGAAUCUCAUGAAUCGUUGAAACGUCACAAUUUCCUGCACAAGCAUGCAGAAUCCGGUUUCUUUGGAUUCGUUCAAGAGCUUGAAUAUUUCGUGGAAGAUCUGUACAAUGUGCAAUUCGGCGAUCAAAGAGUCAAAUCACUGAUGAACGAUCCAAAUGCUAAAUUCGACUUGGUGAUUUUUGAAGCUGCAACUUAUCCCAUGAUAUACGCGUGGAAAUUUAAAUGUCCGUCCAUUGGAGUUCUUUCAAUGCAAGCUCCAAUUUAUUACAACGAUGCCAUGGGCAACCCAACCCACCCACUUGUAAGCCCAGAAUUUUUACUUGAAAUAGACGAUGUAGACAACAUGACUUUAAUGGAAAAAGUUGUAAGUAUUUUAACUUACAUAAUUGGUCACAUUAUGCGUCACCAAUGUUUCCAAAUGUACGAUGAGAUUAAUCAAAAAUACUUUGGCGAUGGUAUACCAAGGACUGAAAAACUUAUAAAGGAUAUGGACAUGUUGUUUGUGGUUGAUAGUCCUAUAAUUAAUAACCUAAGACCAGUUUACCCGCAUACCAUAUCUUUAGGAAGUGGUUUACAUAUUAAACCCAAGAAAGCAUUAUCCAAGGAUCUUAAAAAUUAUUUGGAUCAUACUAAAAAACCAGUUGUGUACUUCAGUCUGGGAACAAUCGUGAAAGCAAAUUUACUAAACCAAACCUCCAAACUAGCUAUUUAUGAAGCAUUUUCUGAACUGCCUUACAAAUUUCUCGUCAAAGCAGAUUGGGAGAAUGUGACCGUACCAGAAAAUGUUAAAGUUGCCAAAUGGUUACCACAACAGGAUAUACUAAGACACCCAAAUAUAAAACUUUUUAUCACGCAAGGAGGUCUUCAAUCGUUGCAGGAAGCUGUAACAAAUGGUAUACCUCUAGUGGGAAUACCAUUUUUUUGUGACCAAUACCAAAACGUCCAGAAAAUCGUUAAAAGAGGCUUUGCUGUCAAAAUUUCCAGGUACCAAAUCACCAAAGAAGCAGUCAAGAAUGCUAUAACCGAAGUAUUAAAUAAUCCAAAAUAUAAAGAAAAAGUAAAGGAGAUGCGUGAUUUUAUGUACGACGAGCCAAUGACAAGCUUGGACAAAGCGAUCUGGUGGAUUGAGUACGUACUUAGGCACAAGGGGGCUCCACUGUUCAAAAGUAAAGCGACCAAAAUGCCAAUGUACGAAUAUUUGAUGUUGGAUGUAAUUGCAGCUGUUUUACUAUUUUCAAUAAUUUGUUCUUUUUGCAUUUGGAUGUUAAUUCAACUUGUAUUCAGGAUGGUUAAAUUUAUGUUAUUUGGGGAAAAAGUGGUGAAAUUAAAGAAAAAUUAA